GCGACUUCUUACAAUGCUUCAAUCCGACGGCACCAAUGGCACUCAUAAAACACAUGAAGAGCAGCAAUACCUUUCCUUAAUUCAGAACAUUAUUGAAAAGGGUGAGAAGCGAGCGGAUCGUACCGGUACAGGAACCGUGUCUAUCUUUGCUCCUCCACAGCUGCGCUUCUCAUUGCAAGACGACAUUUUCCCGCUUUUGACUACCAAGCGAGUCUUUUGGCGUGCCGUUGCAGAGGAGCUCUUAUGGUUUAUCAAAGGCGAUACCAACUCUAAACAUUUGAGCGAGAAAGGCAUCAAAAUCUGGGAUGGCAAUGGUUCACGUGAAUACUUGGACUCCAUUGGUUUGUCCCAUAGAGAAGAGGGUGACCUUGGUCCAGUGUACGGAUUUCAAUGGAGACACUUUGGAGCAGAGUACGUUGACUGCAAAACAGACUAUACUGGAAAAGGCGUGGAUCAAUUGAAAGAGGUUAUCGAUAAAAUUAAGAACAAGCCUACUGACCGACGGAUCAUAUUGAGUGCUUGGAACCCUGCCGAUAUUCCCAUUAUGGCAUUACCACCUUGCCAUGCUUUCUGUCAAUUCUAUGUAUCCACACCAACCGAAGAAGAGCCUAUUGCAAAACUUUCAUGUUUGCUCUAUCAGCGCUCCUGUGAUAUGGGUUUGGGUGUACCAUUUAACAUUGCAUCCUAUGCCUUGCUUACUCGUCUGAUUGCUCAGGUUACUGGCCUCUUGCCUGGAGAAUUCAUUCACACCAUGGGAGAUGCGCAUGUGUACGUUGAUCAUAUUGAAGCCCUGAAGGAACAGAUUCAACGAGAACCACGGCAAUUCCCCAAGCUGAGAAUAAACCCAGAUGUGACCAACAUCGAUGACUUCAAAUAUGAAGACUUUGUGCUCGAAGAUUACAAGCCCCAUGGAAAGUUAGACAUGAAGAUGUCAGUAUAAACUAUUUUUGAUACACUUGAGUCAAUUGACUGCGUUUUGUGCGCUGUAAUAGUAAAUAUUCAAUUGUCUUGUCAAAUUGUAUACUAAUUUA